UAUAGACUUUGUAAUAUGGCGGCUGAUCACAUCAGUGACUUGGCUGACAUGGAAAACUUACGUCCUGCCUUUUGCAGCGAUAAAUACUCGUUGCUUGUUAUCGUUGGACAGCCCGGAACGACUGGAUUUAUUGAUUUACUCGCGUCAGAGAUUGAGAGAGGUAUACGCCUGUGGGAUGUUGACCUGGCUGCUUGCAAUCUAGAUGAACAACUUAAACUGUUUAUUUCAAGGCACUCUGCUUUCGUCUCGGAGGACCUCAAAGGACAAAAGACACUUCAGCACAGCGGAGAUGUUCUUGAGACCCAGGUGGUGGUUAACCCAUCUCAUGCUUUGGUGUGCUCAGAAGUUCGUCGUCUUGUUUCUGAUGCAUCUCUUCACAAGCUGUUAAUUCUAGCAGGACAGUCUGUGGAAGAUACUGGCGACCUUGUGUUGCAAACAGGGUCAUUUUCACUUAAUGACUUCAUUCAGAUAUUGACAGAUGAAGAGAUUGGAGAUCUUUUGAGCUCUGCUGCCCCAAGUCAAAAAGCCAGCCUGACUCUGAGUUGCCCCAGAUAUGGCUUGUGGAGAAGUUCGCUGUUAGAAAAGCAUAAAUUGCAAGAAAUUAUAGGAAUUAAAACCAACCCUCCAUUGGUCCAUCCAGAGAUGGAGGGACUUCAGGAGUUCACAGAGUAUCUGUCAGAGUCUCUCGAACCUCAAUCACCAUUUGAUUUGCUUUUGCGGCCCAGUACAGUUGGCCUUCUGAAACUGUCCCGUCCAUGCUGCUAUGUGUUUCCAGGAGGAAGAGGUGACUGUGCUUUUUUUGCUGUAAAUGGUUUCAAUGUCUUGGUCAAUGGCGGGUCUGAUCCAAGGUCCUGUUUCUGGAAAUUGGUGAGACAUCUAGAUCGAAUUGACUCUGUAUUGCUUACUCAUGUUGGUGUGGAUAAUCUGCCUGGUAUAAACAGCCUGCUUCACAGAAAAGUGUCUAAGCAGGAAGAAAAAGAACUCUGUGAAUCACAAAGCAAUGAAGAUUGGCAAAAGAAACUUGUAUCUCCAGAAAUCGGGGUUGUAUUUUUUAAUGCUUCUGAAAGACUUAAAACACUUCAUAGUGACCCCAUAAUGCUUGGAAGUUGUGAUAAGGCUGUGUUAACAUUACAGCAUUUAGAAAAGUUAUCGAUUUCUCCAGAGCAGCUUAGCCGGUCGGCUGGUUCUACUAUUGAGCCAGUAAUCCUUUUUCAGAAGAUGGGUGUAGGUCGACUAGAGCUUUAUGUUCUCAAUCCGGUCAAAGGUAGCAAAGAAUUUGAGGUGUUCUUGCAAACUUGGCCUGAUGUAAAAAGUUCAGACAUCCCCUUAAACAGUACAGUGUCGAUAUGUGCUCUGUUGGUCUGGCAUCCAGCUAAUAUUCAUGAAAAGUUGAUCCGUGUUCUAUUUUCUGGGUGCACACCAGAGUCGAAAAUCUUUGAGGGGUUGGAGAGGCUGAAGCAUCUAGACUUCCUCAAACACCCGUUGGUUAGUUUAAAGGACCUUGAGUUAAAAAAACUGGAUUAUCAACCAAAGCAUGCAGAGAGCAAGGAAAGUCUUAAGAGCAUUUCCAAAGAAUCCAGACCAGUUUGUGUCUCACUCAAAGAAAAAUCAUGCAAAAUGGAUUUGAAAAAGCAAGAGAAUAAAGGCAAGAACAGAUGCAACAAUGAUACUGUUCACAAAGAUGGAAAAGAGAGUGGAGAGAAAGCAAUGGUAAAAGACAAUGUGAAACAAAAACCUCUGAAGCCUGAUAAGCAAGUGGUUAAGAAAGAACCGUGUAAGGAUGAGAAAGAAUUUAGGAGAAAAGAGGAAAGGCAGCCAAAGAAAGAGGACUGUGUUGACAAAAAGAAAGAGCCCUUCAAAAAAGAUUCAAGUGCAAAGCCCAAAAAAGACAUUAAACCUGAUUUUAAAAAGGAGGUCAAGAAGGAGGUCCAGCUGAAAGAUAAAGGAACCAAAAGUCUUUGUAAAGAUGUUAAGAAAACCACUGGAAAUGUGCAAGUUCAUGGAGAGUACAGAAAGUUUGUCGGGAAGAAUGGCUCAAUAAAGAAGGAAUUGAUCUUCUCUAAAAAGGACACUUUAAACAAAUCAAAACAAAAGCCAUACAAACAUGAAACUAACAAUAUGAAAUCUCCAAGUGAGGGGUCUACAUCAAAUGACAUGGCUGCAGAAUUGGAAAACUCAGAGAUGGAGUAUGAGCCAUUUCAGGAUGUUGAUGACAAACAUGAUAAUUUGAGAAAUGAAGGUGCAAAUGAUUCACAAUUAAAUUGCUCUGAAACAGGAGAGGAAAGUCCAGAGAAGUUCCGUUGUAUGGAUGGAUUUCCUGGCUCUAACAAUGCUAUUGGAUCUCCAAAAUGUGUCAAUUUUGUUCUCACACCAACAUUGCUUGACAGAUGCAUAAAAAAGGAUAGAGACUCUCUGGAGUUAGUUUCCCCUGAUAAUACUUCUCAGAUGUCUGGUGAGGAUACUAAGGAGGGUAACAGGAUGGCAAACACUGAUGGACAUUUAGCAGACAGUGACUCGAAAACAGAUAUGUCAUUACCUCUAAAAUCAUAUUUUAAUAAACCCAACACAUAUGAUGGAUCAGAGAAUUCUCUCUUUGGACCUCAGAGUGAUGUACUUUUACAUGAUGUUGAUCUAUGCCUGGUUUCACCUUGUGAGUUUAAGCAUCACAAAUAUCCAGAGAAACAUCAGGAACUAUCUCCUGAGAUUGCUGACCAAAGUUCUGGCUUUUCUCAGAAACAGGUAACACUGACGUACCAAUGCAGUAAUAGUGAUAACCAGACACUAGAGGGCCAAGGAAUCUCAAUGUCCUCACUGAUCUCGGUUUAUCUCAGUGAUCUCAGUGUAUCCAAACAAGCCCUUUCAAAGUCCUCAUUCAUCUGUUUGGACCUGGCAUACCUGCCCUCUGGAUUGGCAGCCUCCACUGUUGAUGUAGAGUUUUUCCGUCGCCUCCAGUCGUCCUGCUAUAUAAUAAGUGGAGAUGAGCCACACAAAGAAAGCAUCAUGAGAUCUAUUCUAGACUCUCUUUUAGAAGGGAAAGCUUCCUGGCCAGAUGUGCAGGUUACUCUGAUCCCUACAUUUGAUUCGCGGGCUAUGCACGCCUGGUACCAGGAGACCCACGAGAGGCAGAGAGAUUUAGCAGUCACAGUCCUGGGGAGCAACAGCACUGUUGUAAUGCAAGAUGAGACCUUUUCAGCAUGCAAAGUGGAGUUUUAAAGGCAACUGCAGAAUUAUACCCCCUUUUUUACUAAGGCAAAUGUCUUCACAUCUAAAAGUUGCAUGAACAACUUUUUAAAACACAGUUGACCCAAAUGCUGAUUAACUAGAGCAAGAGGAAGAUGCAAUUAAUUUAUUUGUAAAGGGGGUUAGAUCGUUUCCAAAUCAAUUUUAUUCUUGUUUUUAGCAGUUUUACAUUUGCUUAUGUUAUUGCGUGUUAUUCAUUGCAUCUUGUGGAUGUCCAGGCAUGUUAAUCAAGUUUCAUGACUAUUUGGUAUGUUUCUGCAGGCAUUUUGCCUACAUUUUGAUGCACCACAUAUACACUAGUCAGUCUGAAAGAGGUUACCAAACUUAAUUGUAUGGACGGUGUACAAAAUUAUACAUUUUUUACAGCGCUUAUACAGAACGUUUGGCUAUUGGCAAGUUAGCGAAAGAAUAGAAGUAAAAUUAGUUUUGCAUGCUUUGUCACAUUUUACUAAUUUAACAGUUUCUUACUGCAGAGAAAAGCACACUUUUAUCUCUGUUUACUUGCAUCAGUCUGAAAAUAUUGAAAUAUUUUGAUGUAAUGAAGUACACUUCUGCAUUAAUCAGAACAUACGGUUAUUCAGCAGACAGACAGGAAAGACAACAAACACUAAAGAAACAUUUCAUUCAUUUAGUUCAUGGCCUUUGGCUGGAGUAGUUGAAUAAUUCUAUAUAACACUCAAAAACAAAGCAAAAGCUGGCAAACAAGGUGAUCAGUAUAGAUGAAUUAACCUCUAUGUACAUUGUCAUAGGAAUGUUCUUAUGCACUCCAAUCAAAUAAAACGUUGUUAAUGUAAGUCUGAUGUAGCCAUGGUCAUCAAAAUAAUUUUAAAUGGCACUGUUAUAAAACGGUAGAAAUGUUUAUGUAAUUCAAACUUUUUUUAUUUAUUUUGUGGUAAUAAGUAAUAAAAAUACAUGUUUUGGAAGAA